AUGCUUCUUUCUACAGGUGAAAAGUUUUGGAUAUUGGACGAAUCUAGCGUAUUUGAUGAUGACCUGAUAGACGAAGACGAUUUGCUCACCGAAGAUGAUUACAUGAAACCGGAGAUAUCUAUCGAUUUAGACGCACCUUUGAAAAACUGCGGUGACGUAAGCAAGAAGCGGCGGCCCUGUAAGAAUUGCACUUGCGGUUUGGCCGAAAAAUUUGAAAAAGAAGCAAUAGACGAGCAAGCCUCAAAUCCUAAAUCGUCAUGUGGAAGUUGUUACCUCGGCGAUGCAUUUCGCUGUUCGACCUGCCCCUAUCGAGGAUUGCCGCCCUUUAAGCCAGGCGAGAUCGUGAAGUUAAGCGCCGAUCAGAUGGAGCCAGAUUUAUGA